AUGGAGCCCGCUGAAGCCGCAGACGUGGAGCAGCUCGAUCGAGUGCUCCACCGCCUAGUCAUAGCUGACGACUCUAAGCUUUCGCCAGUACUAGACAUUCUGCUGCCAAGGCUUGUGCGGAAGCUGAACGGCAGCUCUCCACGCGUCCGAGCGAAGGUGAUAGACGUCCUGAGCCAUGUCUCCAAGAGGGUGCGGCCGAACGCCUCGAUCGAGUUGCCUUGCUCCGGCUUGCUCGCGGUGUGCAAGGAGGUGCCGUUGAACAGCUUCGCCUUUAACUUCAGCCUGAGCUUCCUGGAGAUGGGUGUCCCCAGGCUCACCCCUACGGCCCAGGGAAAGAUCGGGCUUCAGAUCGCGUCCGGGAUAUCAAGGCUCGAGCAACACUCUCCGGCUUCCAACAUACUCCUGAACCUGCUCCUCGUUGUUGUCGAGCACCUACCGCUGCGCUUGCCGGGGGAGACUCAAGAAGAAGAAGCGGCGGUGAGAGAUACAGCGGCGACGGAGGUGGCGGAGCUCGCGCGAGAGGACUCCGCCGUGGUGAGCGAGUGGUUUCUCGACGUCUGCUUGUACCCGGGCGUUCUCCGGCUCGAGGGGAGCCGCUACUACGGCCUUUCGCCGGCCGGCCUCGCCCGCCUAACCUCGAAGGAGAAGGAUUGGCCGGCGGACCUUCUCACGCGGCGCAAGCUCGCCGUCGUGCGGGCUCUCAAGUCCGACCUCUUCUCCCCCGCCGCGGCCGUGGCGCCGGCGGUGGCCGCCGCCGGCUGCAGUACCCACCACGAGGUUCUCAAGGCCUCCGAAGACCUGCUCAAGAGCCUCUCUUCGUCGGACAGACACGGGGCGCUCCAGCGGGAUCCUGCCGUUGCGCUAGGCCUCUUGAACUUGGUGCUGGGAGGAGCUGCUGGUACCGCCGGUAGUAGCGCCGCCGCAACCACCGCCACCUCCGCGGCGGGCACCCUUUCCUCUUCCCGCUCUCCUGCGUCCUCGGCACUCGCGGUCCGUGCCCUGGCGUGGCUGGAGGCGGAGUGCCCAGAGGGCACGGCCGCCAGGGUGCCGGAGGCGGUGAGAGUGUCGUUCCUCGCGCUCUUCACCGCAGACGGGCCCGCAGCCGGUGCGGACGGAGCGCCCAGGGCGCGUCAUCACGACCGCGCCAACGCCGCUCGGCUCCGGGCCGCCGGGGCUCGGUUGGCUGCGUUCAUCGCUGCCAGGUGCAACGCGGCAAUGCUCCCCGUGGUCGGUCCCCUCCUGCUGCAGGCCGUGCAGCGGGUGCUGGUGAUGAACGCGGCUCCGUCGUCCUCAUCCGCGGUUGGCGGCGGUGGCGGCUCGGGCGAGGCGCCCCCGCCGACGGUCGGAUCGACGCUUCUGAUGCAGGUGCAACACGGAGCGAUGCUGGAAGCGUGCUACGAAGCGAUCGCGUCGCUCGCGGUACGGAGGCCAGAGCUUUUCGCCAGGGACACGUCGGUACCGCGCCUCCUCUUUCUCGAGCUCUCAGCGAAGGAGCCGUCGCUGCGGGUGAAGAUUAGCGCGGCGCUGGGCGCUCUGAAGGGCGCUUACCGCGCCACUGGCCGUGACAAUCUAACGUCCGAGCUGUGGUCUCUGCUUUGGGGGGCCGCAGCGUCUCCCGAGCACCGCGCCCGUCUCUGCGCGAUAGAGUGGGCGUGCGAUCUCUUCGACUUCUCGGACGUAGCGGCGCGCCGGCUUUGCGUCUCCCUGUGCGACGACAAGGUUACGGCGGUUCGCUCGGCGGCCACGCGGGGCCUCCAUCCGCCGCGUGCGUCCGCCAGCCACGCCCCCGCCGCUGCUGAGGGUGUCGCGGCUGCCGACGCCGCCGCUCCUCCUCGCGCCGGCCCCUCGACCCACCCGACUUUCGAGGCGUUCGUGCUGGGCGCGCUGCGUGACGAAGCGGUGCCCUCGUCGCUGGCGAGGGGGGGAGAGCCGGCACCGACAAGCCUUGGCGAGCUUCCUCCUGCGGCGCUCGCUCGCGCAUUGGACUUCGCGCUGGAGUGCCACAAGGCGCACGGCGGCAAGGCCGACAGCAUCGGAGCGGCAGAUAUUUCGUCGGAGGGAGGAGAAGGAGGCAAGGGUAGCACAGAAGAGGCCGUAGCGGUGUUCUUGGCUUUGGUGGAAACGACUCUCGCGAGCGCCCCCUCCGCAACGGACGGGCAGCACGGCCACGCGCAGAUGGUUCUGCUGCACCGGUCGGCCGCGGUGGCCUUGCAGAAGCUAGCCGCCGGCGACGGCGGUGCAAACGACCCCAGCACCACGAUGUUCCUGCAGCAAGAUGCAGACCAACGGGGCGGUAGUCACGCCGUGGCGCAGGCGGUCAAGUCCGAGCCGAUCAAAGGCAUUGCCGUCAGGCUGGCCUCUCGCGGCCCGUGGCUGCAGCAGUGGCUCGGGCACGAAAGCUCCACGGAGAUCAGGGAGGCAUUCGCGGAGACGACGGGAGCGGCGGCGGAGUUCAUGGACCCGAACUCGGAGCUUGUGCCGCUCUUAAGAGCUCUCGGGCACAAGCUGAAGGGACACCGAAACAACCUUUUGAGGGCGGUGAGCAGCGCCCACGGAGCCGCCUGCGCCCUCGGCUCCGUUCUCGCAAGGCUAGCCGCCGCUGCGAAUGCCGCUACCGCUGAUUCCGCCGGCGAGCCGGGCGGCGGCGGUAAGGCUCCUUCCCCCGGCGUUCUCGCGUGGGCAGCGCUGUCCGGAGACGCUCUCCCCGCUGCCCUCUCGUCCGUGGCGGCGGCGAUCGGCCACCCGGUUUCUCUGCUGCACGUUGCGGCGUGCGAGGCUGUCGGCCGCGUGGGUGCGGCGGGACCGCUGCCCGUUCGCUCUUCCGCUGCCGCAGCAGCAGUCGUGCUGCCUGCUAUUGUUGGGGGGGGCGAUGACAGCAGUGUCGCCGCUGCCGUCGCUGCCCCGACUACUGUGCAAGCCGUGUUCGAGCGACUGUGGGCCGCGUGUAAGCUGGGAGAGACGACGGAUGCGAGCAGGCGGGCGGAGGCGGCGGCCGAAGCGUUGGGGAGGUGUUGCCGGGGGAAUGGCGUGGGCAGGGCCGAAGCUGCCGGCGGUGGCGGCGGCGGCGGCGAGAAGGAGGAGUCUUCCGAUCGCGUUCGUAAGACGCUCCGAGUGCUGUUCGACAUGGCCAAGAAUCAGAAACAAGAAGAGCUUCAGUUUGCCGUCGGCGCAGCGGUGGCAGAUCUGGCGUGCUCAGGACCCCUCCGCGUCCCCCCUGGUAAGCUUCUCGAGGACAUGCGUGCGUCUGCGGUAUCUGCGAGGCGCGAAAUGAAGGAAGAAGAGUCAGCGGGAGACGAGGGUGGCGGCGGCGCAUUGAUAAAUGCCUUGGACUUCGUGCUCUACCAGGUGCUGUACGUCCUCCUGGAAGACCACUCGCCGCACGUCUCCGGGGCCGCAGCGGUGUACCUCCUUGCCGUGGUGCAGCAAUGCAGGGGCCACCCCGUCCUUUCCGCCUACCUCCCGGACGUGCAGGCGGCCUUCACGCGGAAGCUUACCGUCAGGUCCGAGUUCGUGCAGGAAGUCGCCGGCAAGGGCCUCGCCCUGGUGUACCAGGCGGCGGGCAGCGAGUCCAAGCAGGGGCUCGUGGACUCUCUUGUCGACGCCCUGAGUACGGGGAGACGCAGAGCGGCCGCCUCGGGCGCAACAACCGGCACGGCCACCGGCGGCGGCGGCGUCGACGUCCACGGCCCGACACACGCGGGGGCGGCGCUCUCCGAGGCGGGGGCGGGCGCCUAUGGCGAGAUGUGCGCUGUUGCGAACGAUGUGGGAAGGCCCGACCUCAUCUACUCCUUCCUUUCGAUGGCGAGUCAUCACGCUGCUUGGACGACUAGAAGAGGUGCGAGCUUCGGUCUUGGGGCCAUCAUCAACCAGGUCUCCGCAGAGGCGUUCGGCGGCCAGCUGGGACGCAUCGUGCCCCGCCUAUUCCGGUACCGUUUCGAUCCAAGCGCCAAGACGCGCGCGGCUAUGGACCAGCUCUGGCGCGCUGUUGUCGGUCGUGGCGGCGGUGGCGACGACUGUGGGGACUUCUCGACACGGGAGAAGGAGGCGCGCAUUGUGGUUCACUCAAACCUGUCCGCGAUCAUUACCGAGCUCCUCCGGGCGCUCGGCGACCGCAAGUGGAGGGACCGCCAGUCGGCCUGCGCCGGUCUCUCGGAUGUGCUGCGGGGCCGCAGCUGGGACGAGAUCGGUCCCCACCUGGAGAUGCUCUGGACCAUGGCAGACAGGGGCCUGGACGACAUCAAGGAGUCCGUAGCAGAAGCCGCCGUAGAGUAUUCCAAGACCGUCGCCAAUAUCUCGGUGCGCCUUUGCGACCCAUACAACUUCGUGCCUAGCAGUAGAGGCGGCGGCGCUGAGGGAGACACCGCCGCCGCCGCCGCUCGCAACGAUGCCGGGGGCGACGGCCCCGACGCCGUGCGCCAGGAGGCCGGCGAAGCACGCCGGGCGAUCGGGACCAUGCUUGACGACCUCCGCGCCUCGGAAGCGGAGGCGAGGGCGAGAGGAGAAGAAGAGACGAUGGACGACCCCGCCGGAGGAGGAGGAGGAGGAGGAGGAGGAGGAGGAGGAGCGUUAGGCACCGCCGAAGAACGAGACGGAGCGGCCGACGAGGUGUUGCGGCAAGUGCUCGAGAGGGAGCAAGGGGCCGGCGAAGGGACCGCCGGGGGCGUUGGCAGGGUGCUCGGAGGGCGACGGAACGGUCCUACCGUCGACGAGAUACUGCGGCCCGGCCGUGCGGAGGCGGGUAGAAACGCCUCCGCGCCGCCGCCGACGGAGGCGGCGAGGGCGGCGGCGGCGGGCGCGGUCGGGGUGACCCUGCCGUGGCUGCUGAGGAAGGGGAUCCUGAGCCGGUGCAAGCCGUCGCAGGCGCUGGCGAUGCGCACGCUGCAGCGGCUGGUGAAGGUGUGCGACAAGGAAGCGCUCAUGCCACAUCUCGCGGAGCUCGUGGCGACCCUCAUCGAGGGGCUGAGCGCGCUGGAGCCCCAGGCCCUUCAGUACAUGCAAUUCCACGCGGAGACCCAGCUGGAGAUGACCCAGGACCAGAUGGAGAGGCUGAGACUGUCCGUCUCGCGAGCAGGCCCCCUGCAGGACGCACUGGACAACUGCUACAGACACCUGGACCAUGCGGGAGUAGUGGAGGCGCUUAUGCCGCGUUUGUUGGGGCUCCUUCGAUCGGGAACCGGACUGGCCACUCGCUCCGCGUCCGCGUACCUCGUCCUCUCCCUCUGCGAGCGCGCGCCGCUGGAGAUCCACCGCGCCGCGCCCCGCCUGCUGCCGACCCUGACCAACACCGCCCUCUCGGAGCGCAGCUCCACCCUCCGUCGGACGUACUCGUCGGCGCUGUCCUCGGUGGCGAGGCUCGCGCCGGCGGCGGGGGUUUCCCGCCUGGCCAGUCGCCUCGCCCAGCUCUUCAGGGAGGCCGACCCGGACUUCGACAAGCGCCAGAGGCGGACCCUGGCCCUCCUGCUUGGCGACCUGUGUCGUAGGGCCGGCGGGCAGCUCGGAGCUCCCGGCGGCAAGGCGGCGACCGGCGGAGUUAAGGAAGUUGGUGCUUCUGGCGGCGACGGUGGCGGCUUCGCCGCCAGCGGAUGGAACCAGGUCCUGCCCAUGGCGUUCGUGGCGAGCAAGGACCCCGACAAGCCGGUCGCCGACGCGUUCGCGGAGGCGUGGCAGGAGGGGCUCACGCAGCUGCAGCUCGGGGCGGCCGGGCAGGGCGAGGCCUGCAGAGUGCGCGGCGCGAAGGAUGCCGUGCUGCUGAUGCUGCCCGCCAUCCUGGCCGAAGUAUCCCGGGCAAUCUCCUCCGUGAGCCGGGUGACCAAGCGGCAGGGGUGCUCGGGGCUCAAAGACCUCGCCUCCGUCCUCGGAUCUUCGCUCGGGGAAGAGAGCUCCGGCCGCCGCCUGAUCCGGCGCGUGCUGUCGCAGGUCCCCGGGCGCACGUGGGAGGGCAAGGAGGAGCUCCUGGAGGCGGUGGUGGCGCUGUGCGCCGCCGGCAAGGGCUCCGCCAUCACGCUCGAGCCGUUCGUGUGGGGCGGAGAGGGCGGCGGCGGCAGCGACGGCAGCGGUGAGGCUUCUUCGCGGGGAGUGAAGCGCAACAGAACCGGUGAGCACGAGGACGAAGAGGAGCACGAGGGCGCGGCGGCGGCGGCGGCGCCGUCUUCUAGCGGACAGCCGGAGGAGAUUUCUGGCGCGACGGCGCGCGCGGACGGCCUUGUCGGGGGUGCCGAUGUCUCGGCCUCCUCGUCAGACGACGACAACGAGGCGACGGGCGGAAUCCCGGGUGGGACAGACGACGGACCCGCUUUCGAGUACAACGAUAAGGUCGGCGAUCUCGACAGAGACGCGGCGGGACUAGCGGCGGCUGCGCCGGGACAGGCGGUCCAGGCCCAGAGAGAAGACGAUCAGCCGCGGAAGGACGCCGCGCUGGAGGCGGGGCUGGCAUCGCUGGGCAUGGAGGACGAUUCGCCGACUCCUUUCGGGGAUGUUGUGGAGCUGAUGCUGUCCCAGCUGCGGCGGAAGGACACCAAAUUCGGUCGAGCCGCGGCGUCGUCCCUGGCGGCGCUCCUCGACGCCUUCCCGGAGUGCUGCGUGUACGACCUGGUAGCGCCCACCCUCCUCGACCUGGCCGGGCUGGACGGGGCGGCGGCGGGGACCACCUCUGGCGGUGGCGGUAACAAAGAAGACCCGAUCAUGCAGGCUCGCGCGGUGGCCUGUCUCGCGGCGGCUUGGCCUCGCGUCCCGGAAGCAGCAGCAGCCGCCGCCGUCGCUCGUCAAGCCGAUGCCACUAAUACCCGAAUCGACGCCGUCUGCAACGUCCAACGCGCGCACGCCGCGUCCCUGACCAGGGUCCUCUCGGGGGCCAUCUUGCUCAAGGUCUGGAGCGUGAGGGUCCCGAUUUACGGCGCCUUGUCGGCUAUCGUCAGCAGGACGACCGCAGCCGCGGAAUCUCGCGCUCCCGUGCUGACUGGAUCGCUCCUGGCAGACGUCGUCCGGGCUGUUGAACUUGGGGCGGACGAUGCCAAGUACUCUCAGGUACGAGCGGCGGCCAUUUCUGUCGUGGGGGCCAUGACGUGCCGCAAGGAGCUGAGGCUUGCGCUGACGCCUCACAAGGAGGGUCUCGCAGGAGCGGCAAGAACCGCGGCUCAAGACCCGGAGCCGAAGGUGGCGGUGGAGGGCAGCAAAGCGGCGCAGAGCCUGUCGUGGUGGCCUUAGCGGUAUAACCAACUAUGAGAUAGGGCUCGAAAAAACCAAGCUGCCAAAUGCUGUACUUUGUUUUUGGUGUUGGUGUUUUUUGUACGCCCGUGUGUUCGUUCAUUGUAGCUUUUCAUGUUUAAAACUAGUCGUCUGCGUGUGCGACGGGUACGUGCAUAAGGGUUUUUGAAAAGUCGUCUCUCUCCCCAGGUAGAGCUUGGUUUGAUUUGGUGCAUCCAAGGGGUCGUGACGUGGCGGGGGGUGUAUCGUACGACUGCCCGGUUCCAAGUGUUGUUCCCAUCAAGGAUUCACACGUCCCUUAAGCCGAUCUAGCAGCCGAUGUUGUUUGUCUAAACCGCUCAGUGAAAAUCGUUUUAUUCGUAGAGAUUCCCAACCUACCAAAUGAAUGCACGUGCUUUGAAAAGGCGCGUUGAUGGGCUUUAUUUCGUCCCGGGGAUUUCGCGACCGCCCGGGCGCUUGCAUACUCAAAAUGUAUCAUAGGCCGCACAACAGAACCAGAACCACCGCUGGGAACCAAAAACCAAUUGAAGCACUCAAGGCCGCGUGCCUUUGCCGCCAUGCGCAAGCGCUAGACAUAUCAUGGUGCCAGAUACAGCAAGCGGAACAAAACGCUACACACAGCCCGAUGUGACACAACGACCGUGCACACCAUGCUGUCAUUUCCUCCACGGUCUUCUCGCAGAGCCUGUUCCUUCCUUCGGGUGCUGCGUUGUCUUGAACCUGAAAACAACCAACGGUAUUCUCAAAGGAUACGAGACCACCGCGGCCAGAAGCUGAAAGAGCGCGGCUUGUUUU